ACAGACGCUCAGACGCUUGAGUAGGAGGCUCUGGUCUGAGUGUCAACUAACACUGUUGCAGUUAACCUUCAGAGAACAGCAGCACGUUGACACUGGGGUUGGUGCGAUCUGGGAAGACGUUACCCCGAUAAUCUACAUCCUUCACAGCCCACCAUCUAAAAUCAGAAUGGGUGGUGAAAAAACACACACCUGUGGGACUAUUUGUCUGAAAUAUCUACUGUUUCUCUUCAACAUUCUUUUUUGGCUGGCAGGAGGGGCCGUGCUGGCAGUGGGAGUGUGGACUCUGGUGGAUAAGAGCGACUACAUCAGUUUACUGAGCUCCAGCCUCUACUCGGCCUCGGCUUACAUCCUGAUAGCUGCCGGGGUCAUUGUGAUAGUGACCGGGAUCAUUGGAUGCUGUGCGACUCUGAAGGAGAUGAGGAGUCUGUUGAUUGUGUAUUUGGUCUUGUUGCUGUGUGUUUUCCUCCUGGAAAUCAUUGCUGGUGUGCUGGCGUACAUUACCUACCAAGAGUGUUUCCCUUUCUGCUACCAGCUGAAUGAAGAGCUCAGGCAGAACCUGAAGGAGACCAUGCAGCAAAAAUACCAGCAGCCGGGGGAGGAGAGCGUCACACAGGCUGUGGAUAAGCUUCAGCAGGAGUUCAAGUGUUGUGGCAGUUUCAACUCCUCAGACUGGGCCGACUGUGUGUGGAUCCAGGCAGCACAGAACGAGCGGCUGGUUCCCGAUAGCUGCUGUAAAAGUCCCAGUGAGCUCUGUGGCCGCAGGGAUCAUCCCUCCAACAUCUACAAGGUGGAGGGAGGCUGCAUUAUGAAAUUAGAGGAGUUCAUCUUGAGUCAGUUGUAUAUUCUCGGUGCAGUGGGCAUUGGGAUUGCAUUUCUACAGCUUGUGGGGAUGAUGUUUACUUGCUGCCUUUAUCAAAAUUUAAAAGAGGACCCAUACUGAUUUUUGAUGUUGUUUACUGUCGCAAAAUGUGUCACAUUGUGGAUUGUAAUGUUUGGUUAGGUAUUUUAACGCCCCAGUUAUUCCCACAGUUCUGGAUGCUGUGAAGUUGCCAAGUCAAAUUAUGGCAAGAUGAUUUUUAAAAUACAAACAGGAGAGAUGCUGAAAUGCUGCUGGGCAGCGAUGUGUUUUUUCUGCAAAAUGCUAUUGCAUGCUUUAUAUAGUUUCCUUUUUAUGUUAAAAUUAUGAUGAGUAGAUGAACUUGUUACCACAUCAUACAUUUUAAAGAGCAGAGAAAUGUGAGCAUGCUGUGGCUAGAUUUGCAACCAGUGUUUGUCUUGAUGUUUAUCUAUUUUUAUAAUACAUCACACUGUUUAACAAAAUUAUGAUGAAAUAAUGAUUAUAUAAAAUAUAUUUUUGCUUUUGAAAUGCAAAUAAAAAUUCUUCCCAUUUAUCAUU